GCCUUCCAAUUUAAAUAGUCUCUGGAAGGCGCGGAUGCGUUUCUUCGGAACAGUUUCGGUUUCUUCCCAAUUUUUCUCUGAAGCUUACAUAGCAAGGCUCUCUCUCUCUCGCUCUGUGUUUUGAGACACUUAUUAUGGAUUAUGACCCAGACAACCUUUUUCGAGAUGAUGAGGAAGACCCUGAGGGCGAAUUUUUUCAGGAAAGGGAAUCAAGCAAGGAAUUUGUUGUAUACCUCAUAGAUGCUAGACCAGAAAUGCUUGCUCAGGAUGCUGGGAAGAGUGAAAGCCAUUUUCAUGCUGCUAACAGGUGCAUUACAGAGUCCUUGAAGACCCUAAUCAUUAACCGGGAUUAUGACGAGGUUGCUAUUUGCUUCUUUAAUACAAAGGAAAAGAAAAAUAUGCAAGACUUGGAUAGCGUCUAUGUUUUCAAUGUUCCUGAAAGAGAAGAACUUGAUAGGCCAACGGCAAGGCUGAUAAAAGAAUUCAGUCAUAUAGAAGAGAAGUUCCUUACAAAAAUUGGAAGUCGCAAUGGAAUUAUUCCCAUGACCAGAGAGAAUUCGCUCUACAACGCAAUUUGGGUUUCACAAGGCCUUUUGCGCAGAGGAUCUUCCAAGAAUGUUGAUAAGCGAAUACUUCUAUUUACGAAUGAAGAUGAUCCUUUUCGACAUGUGGAUGGGGCCACCAAAUCUGAUAUGAUAAGGACAACACUUCAACGGGCAAAAGAUGUGCAAGACCUAAGCAUCUCAAUUGAGCUUUUCCCCAUGUGUAGGCCAGGGACAGAAUUCAAUACAUAUAAAUUUUACGCCGAACUGCUGGGUUUGGAAGGUGAAGAGCUAUCAGAAUUCUUGCCAUUGGCAGCAGAAAAAAUUGAAGACAUGGUGGAUCAGUUGAAGAAAAGAAUUUUUAAAAAGCGUGUAAUCCGGAGGAUGGCCUUCUUGAUACACGAUGACAUGUGGAUUGAAUUGAAUUCUUAUGCUUUGAUUCGUCCAACAAGUCCUGGGGUAAUUACUUGGCUUGAUUCUGUAAGCAAUACACAGUUAAAGUCAGAAAGGUCCUUUAUAUGUGCGGACACUGGGACUUUGCUUCAGGAACCAAUGGAACGUUUUCAUUUACAUAAAAAUGAGAUUGUAAGGUUCUCCCUUGAGGAACUGUCUGAAGUAAAAAGAAUUUCUUCAGUUCCACUGUUUCUUUUAGGAUUCAAGCCUACGGACUGCUUGAAAGAUUAUCAUAAUUUGAAGCCCUCAACAUUUCUCUAUCCUAGUGAUGAGGAAAUAGAUGGAAGCACUUGCAUUUUCGUUGCUCUUUAUAGAGCUAUGCUGAAAUAUCAAAGAUUUGCUUUGGCUUUCUUUGGUAGCUCAACUCAUCCCCAGCUGGUUGCUCUUGUUGCCCAAGAUGACAUGAUCAGGAACGGUGUUCAACUUGAGCCCCCGGGGAUGCAUAUGAUCUACCUUCCUUACUGUAAUGACAUCCGGAGCAUAGAAGAGCUUCAAAAUCAUGAUAGUGAUACUAUUCCUAGAGCAACGGAUGAUCAAAUUGAAAAAGCAAUGGCUGUGAUGAAAAAGCUGGACUUGAAAGAAUUUUCAAUUUCUCAAUUUGCAAAUCCUGCCUUGCAGAGACAUUAUGCAUUACUGCAGGUCUUGGCUCUAGGGGAUGAUGUUGAUGAGUUGCCUGAGAUCAAUGAUGAGACGUUACCUGAUGAAGAAGGCAUGAGAAGACCUGGGGUUGUUAAUGCAUUGGAAGGCUUCAAGGCUGCAGUUUAUGGUGAGAACCAUGACGCUGAGGAGGCUGCAUUGGAAGCUACCAAAUCAGGUGGCGAGGCAUCUAAAAAACGAAAGGCUGAAACAGCUGUUAAGGAAGCAGCAAAUUAUAACUGGGAUGACCUUGCAGAAAGUGGAAAGCUCAAGGAUUUAACUAUGCCAGAGUUGAAAAAUUAUUUGGCAGCACACAACCUCCCAGUUACUGGUAAGAAGGAUGCACUGAUUAGCCGGAUCUUGACACAUUUAGGAAAGUAGCUGCUCAGCUCCAAAGUUUUGUAUCUGAUUCUAAACUUGUUGCAAUGUUAUUAUAUUCUGAUGUAUGUAACAGCUCUUAGAUGCCAUUUCAAUAAUAUACACGAAGAGAUGCACCUUGGUUCUCUUUCUGAUAUUGGUAAA